CGCCUCCCGUCCCAGUCGCCUCCUCCUCCUCCUCUCUCUCUCUCUCUCGCUAACCCCUCUCUCUCCCCGUAGCGCCGGCCGGUUCCGGCCAGCUCCGGCCCGCGCAUCUCCCCCGUGACCCCCGCCCCCUCUCCUGCGCCGCCGCCGGAGAAGCUCGCCGCCGAUGCCGGUGACCUAGCCCUCGCGUCUCCCCCGCGACCCCCGCCUCCUCUCCUGCCGCCGCUGCCGCCGGAGAAGCUCGCCUCCGCGCCCACAAGUCUCGGAUUUGGCGGGAUCCAGGGCGAGGAGGGGUGGAUGAGACGGGGGAGGAGGAAGAGGAGAGAGUGGGGGCGUCUGGGGAGGAAUAUCCCCGCCGCCUCCACAAGUCGAGGGGGACGGGCCUGCUCGGGCUCAGCCUGUGAGAUGUCGACCGGACCGGCGGCGAUGGAGGAGAAAGGCCGGGCAGGUGCGUGCAGGCGGGAGAAGCUGGGGACGCUCGUCGGUUGGGGAGAUGGCGACCACCUGAGCUUCUCCGAUUGACCUAGACAGGGCCACGACAGCAUAAGCAAGGGUGGGGGCGAGCAACCCUCUGAAGCCGGGUGACAUGCGCAUUAAAAGGCUCCAGCCUGUUGUUGAUGCUUCUGGGCUUGACAAGGUUGGCGGACCCGAGGUUGUUAAGAAGCACAUGAUGCCGUCAUCUUUUGCGGGUGGGCUUUGCUAGUGGCCUGAGAGAAUUGAGACCCUUGAACAUGGGCAAAAAGCAGUCGAUGGAGCUGAUAUUACCAUUCAAAUCCAUCAGAUGAAGCUACUUGACUACCUGCACACAAUCAGGACUGGGCAAGUGUUUGGGACAGUGCUUGCUGUUGUCCACACCGUGGAGUUCCAGAAAACGGGGGUGCCCCAUGCACAUAUCCUUGUUUGGCAGGAGAAGAACGAUGAUCAGGCCCCUGCACUUGCUGAUGUUGAUCCAGAUGCUUGUACUGCUGCACCUGCCAACAGCGUGGAAGCGGCGGUUGCUCAGCCAGCUAGGCUUAACAGGAUUGCCACUACUGCUGCUGCUGCAUCAACCAUUUCAUAAAACAAUGAUAGGUCCCUAAGCAAUCUGCGCUUCAAAAUGAGCGUCUAUGUGUGGUUGUUUUGGCCUUUACUACCUUCUCCUUCGCUACUUUCAAGCCCGCAAGAACAAGUGAACGCUGCAUGGCCACCGCUGUCUUCCGGCAACACCCUUUUAAACAAUCUACUGUUAUGUUACUUGCAUGUUUGCAAUCCCGGUUUUGGCAGUCAUAAAGACAAGCCAAAACUCCUUCAUACUUUUCCCUGUUUAAAUCCGAACGGAGCAACUUCCAUAUUCCGUGGAUAACGCUAUUAGAGAUCUUUUGCUUUACCCUCUCUCUCGAAUGACUGUUUCAAUCUACUGUAAGUAUUUGUUCACUCAAUCGCCUACUGUAUCUGCUAUUCCCAAUGCAAUAUUAGCUGUUCUAGAGCUUACAUUAACAAUAUUAGCUGUAUGUGCUUUUGUGGCCAAUAUAGAUAAGAAAUUCCCAUUUAUAUUGCUCUGUAUAUGAUCGUUAAUUAAUAUACACUAUUUGUAAUACAAUCCACAUUCCAUUAACUUCCAUCUACAUCUCCUACUUACUCACUACUAUACUUGGCCAUCCCUCGGGCCGGGCCAACCAAAGCCCGACGCAAAAAACCUAGGCCUGGCUGUCGGGUCGGGCCAACCAAAGUCCGAUGCAAAAAACCCAAGCCCGAGCUCAGCCUAGCCCUGCUGUCGGGCCCGAGCCCAGCCCGUCGGGCCUUGGGCCACAGGCCGGGCCUCUUCCUUAAAGGCGAAAACAACGGGCCCGGGCCUGCCCUGGCCAGUGCUUCGGGCUCAAAACCUAGGCCCAAGCCCAGCCCAUGGACAAGGUCAGCCCGGGUCGGGUCGGGCCGACCGGGCCGGGCUGCCCAUGGCCAGGACUACUCACUACCAUCAUCGCUUCUAAUUCGCUUCUUGCGCCAUUUGGCGCAACCAGGUCAUCUAGUAAGAGUAAUAAUCGGCAAGCUCGUGUAGCUGCAGUCCGACUGGGAGGGGGCUUUGCUACCCCGGCGCAGCGCUAAGUUAUUAUAAAUAGUGGCAGAACAAGGAUGAGGAUUGGCCUCCAAUAGUCGAGAGCCUCCACGGUCGCCUGAAACAUUCAUUCCAAGCCUUGUCGGGUUUCUUCGCCGGAGCUGCGAUAUACCACUUCGACCGAACCACCGAAAUGCAGCUUCCCACGUCGCCAAUGGAGGGGAAUAACAGGGAUCACAACGACAGUUCCCACAGCCAACAACUGGACAACGAAGAUAGACUCAGCGCUCUAACUGAUGAUAUUUUACUGUCCAUCUUGGGGAGAGUCAGUUCACUUGUGGCUACAAGGACAAGUGUGCUCUCUACACGGUGGAGGCAUCUGCCUUGGUUGCUGCCUGAACUCAGCAUCGAUGUCCAGGAUUUCCUAUCCGCUCCAUACGCUGACCUUGUUGAGGCAAAUGAUAUGGAACAAGCCAUGGUGUCUUUGUCCAAAGCAACCAGGAGUUUGUUAGAUAAACAACAGAGAGGAUCCACUAUCUCAAGUUUGCGCCUUAACCUCUAUUUGAUCAACACUUUCCUUUGCGAAGUUGGCCCACUGUUAGGUGAUGCAAUCGACAGUGGUUUGUUGAAAGAUUUAGAUCUCGGCAUUCUUGAUGAGACAAAGACUCUGGACCGUAGAGACGAAGAGAUGCAACAGCGAGCUCAAGACAUAGAUGUUUUUUUCACUACCUACCCUAGUGUGCUCCACUACCUCACAAAGCUCUUUCUAAAAAAUGUAGGCUUUGACAAAUUGGACAUGCACCAUGUCCUGUUUGACUGCUGCAAGCAACUUAAGCAUCUAACCCUUUAUCAUUGUGAUACUGGUUCCUACUCUGUCUUUAAGAUUGAUGCGCCAGACUCAAAACUCUGUGUUCUUGAAAUUGAGAAGUGUCGCUUUCUGAGAAUCGACCUUGUCUGCCUCCCCAAAUUGGAGAAGUUCUUUUGUGAGUCUUGGAUAUCUCAGUGUGCCCCAUUGACCUUUGGUUUUGUCCCAUCACUUGGGCAAUUAGAACUCUCAUGUGGUUCAGUUUGUGAGGAAGACAUAUUUAAAUUAAGUGAGCUUCUACAUGGAGUAACAAGCAUACAUACUCUCUCAUUGGAUUUCCAAGGUGAAGCCCUUUGGUUGCAACCUGAAAUGGAGGAACUCCGCACCGCAUUCAGCAAGCUAAGGAAGCUGUACGUACGUUGUAUAUUUGUUGAAUUUGACAUUUUAUGGACAACGGCCUUUCUUGUAGCAGCACCAUCUGUCGAAAUGUUACAUAUUGAGGUAUGGGAACAUACAUGCGAUUUGGGCGAGGCCAGACCCGCUUCCUACCUUGACAGGAGUCCAAAGUGGGAAAUGCACUUGGAUAGCAGCUCCGAGAACAAGUUUCUGAAAGAGCUAGAAUUCGCUGGAUUUAAAUCGCUAGAACAACAGUUUACAUUUAUAAGGUCCAUGUUGGAGCGAUCUCCCAACUUGCAAAAGAUAGUAUUGAGAGAUGAUGAGCAGUGUGCUGAUUGUGGCGCCCUUGAGGCACCUCGUCUUUCGAGAUUUCCACGCAAGGAGGAGCAAGAAGUGGUUGUUAAGCGGAUUAGAGAUGGCAUGUUCUCGCCGGAGAUAAAUUUUCAUGGAUAAGGAGGGAUGACU